AUGAAGAGGCGAUUAUCUUCGUCUGGCGAACAUCAGGAGCCAAGAACACCCAAAAGAAAACGUUCGAAAUCGCACAGUGAGUCUCGCCUCGAAGAACCCCGGGAAAUUGACAAUGCAGCAAGAACCGCCAGAGAAAACCUGGACGAAAAUCAAGCUCCUGCGGAAAAUCAGGAAGAAAUUCAAGUUGAAGAAUCCCAAGCGGAUGAAGAAGUAAUUGACAAGCGUAUCAUACAAGCAGUCCGCCGUUAUGAAAAGGAUGAUUACGCCGAGAGGGAUCUGUGGGAUACGGUUUUACAACUUGCUCAUCAACAAUCUCAAGACCUUUCCAGAUCUCUGGUGCAUUGGGGACGGACAGGAGGCCUUCGAGACAGUAGGUCAUCAAAACAGCCGGCAAACAAAGACCUCAAAGUUCCACCACCCGCUCCGGAAAAUCUGGGAACAAAUACCGACGAUUCAGAAGUCCGGAUAUUUGACCCAACCGCCUCCUCUUUCACAUUAUGGCCGUUACCUCUCCAAUCUUGUCCGGCACCCGAAUGGACUUUAAAUGAAGAAUUAAGUGCGCUGGUGACUCGCACCGAAAGAGAAUGUUCCGGUGGCGAAGAUGCAGAUAGUGCUUUGAUGGAUAACGUAGCGAAGGACGAGAAGACGGAUGCUCUAGUGGGCCAAAACCGGAAAACGUUAAUGCAAUUGCUUAAUGACCUCUAUGAAUUUCAUCCACCGCACACAUCUUCGAUUCCUAUCUUUACACGAGGAAAGAGAUACAAGAAACUGGCUAAAUCGAUGAGCGCUCAAAAGACAUCAACCCAGUCAACCGAUCCCAAAAGCGAAGGAGACGCCGACUUUGGAUUGAAUUGGCAGUUCGUUCUGGGGGUUGCUAGCUCCACGUUGAAUGUUAAGGAAAGUGUCAUCCAACGCGCUCGUGAAAGGUUAGCAGAGAUGUAUAGAGUUCCAUUGGAAUCACUGACUGGUCAAGAGAUACACAAUUCAUCGCACUCGCAACCAUUUCCUCUUGUCAACUUGGACCCUGCUCAACGUUUACAGCGAUAUAGGCAAAUGAAGCCAUUAGCAACGCCAGAUGACCAAUCGUAA